AUGGUGAAAUCAGCUGAAAAGCUCAUAAACAAAAAGAUUGUCGUCGUGGGCGGAACAUCAGGAAUCGGUUUCGGCGCAGCACAAGCCUUCCUGGACGCCGGCGCAAAAGUAACAGUUAUCUCCUCCAACCAAGAACGUGUGGACUCGGCCGUAAGCAGACUGAACUCCUCCGAUGCCUCGGGCGCUGUCGGUAAUGUACGAGAUGAAUCAUCAUUCGUUGAAGUGUUGCGUGGUCUUGCGCCUAUAGAUCAUAUUGUAUUCUCGAGUGUGGAUAAGAUUAUCCGUGGGAAACUUGAGGAUUUAGAUCUUGAUGAUGCGAAGUACUUGUUUGGUGUUAAGUUUUGGGGUGCUGUUAUCACGGGGAAAGCUGUGAAGAAAUACGAUAUCAUCACCCCAGGUGGCUCUCUAACCCUCACCUCGGGAACCGCAGCCCUAAAGCCCGGAAAAGGCGCCUCGACAGGCGCAGGCCUAAACGGUGGUGUUCUCUCCCUCACUAAGGGUUUGGCUGGUGACCUCGCAGACAAGAGGAUCAGGGUCAAUGUGGUGGUUCCUGGAUUGGUAAAAACCGAGUUAUGGGGCAAGUUGGGGAAGAGUGAUGAAGAGCAGAAGGAGUUGUAUGAGAAGACCAGCUUGCCAGUGGGGUUUGUGGCUACGCCCGACGAUAUUGCGGAGGCGUACUUGUAUCUCGCUAGGGCGGAUUAUGCUACAGGAACGGUUGUGGAGAUUGUGGAGGCAUCCAGCUCAAGGUUAGACACUUACACAGCUAUGUUAGAACGCAAAAUGGAUUUGCGAAAAUGUUCCGGCUUCGAUUGCAAACAGAACGCUGUUUUCGGCUGUAUGUUCUGCAGCUCACGUCUCUACUGCUCAUUAUCAUGCUUUGAAGGAGACCAGGACUGGCACGGAGAUGUGUGCAAGAGAAUAUACGAGUUCGUUUCGGCCAGCCCUAGACCUCCAGCUACUGAAAGCACUUCCUUCAAGCUGGGUCUUAUGUUCCCUGAAGACUCUGGAGAUGUGGAGCCCUAUUGGGUUGAAUGCACGCUGUGCCCCGCUGAUGAAGAAAGCGGAGAAUCGGCAUUCGAAACCGUGGAGCUGCCAUUGUUUGACCAAGGGAUGGAAUACCAUGAUAUCGCGAGACAGAGACAAAAUCCUGGCCCUAACAUCAGAAUAUGGUUCGGGCUAGCCUUCCUUGUUGAUGGUUCAAAACUGAACAAAUCUAUAAAUCGACUCAUUUGGAAGCUUUGCCGCCCUCCAGGUCAACAAAGGCGAGAUUGGAGAGGUCCAUUUUUAGCAAUGAGCCUCGCUAUUUCCAAUGCCGACAAGGACGAGGAGAUCUAUCAAGACAUGUCCGCGUCCGGUUUCCGUGAUAUCGCCAAGUAUCUGGCUGUCCAUGGCAUCCCAGUCGGUAUGAAUGCUGUGGAUCAGUUCCAUAGGACGUUGGCUACUUUUCCUCUGCUUGGCGAAGUGCGAGGCGUCCGCAUUAGCUGCUUGGGCGACAUGAAUUUCGACAACAAGGCGAAGUACCUUAGCGUCAAUGUUUCGAAGGACCAUCCAAUCAUGGUAAAAGGAAUUGUUGCUGAAGUUUCUGGGCACAUGGGCCUGCCUUUAUAUGUGCAGAAACUCACGCCCAAACCUGAGUGGGAAGCCCGACUCCAUGGAUUGAGCUGGGACCCUUACCAAAAUUUCGAGCCAUGGUUUCUUAUCAUGGGUACAAACCCGGAUGAGGAAGUAGAGGAUUGGGGAAAUGCAGACCUUCAAAUGUGGGAUCUCUGUGUUGGGCCAGUUCUGGUAGUUCGGCAAGAUGGCAAGGAGAUCACCCCAAGCCAGGUUGAGGUUUUGGUAGCGUGGGGCCGUCAUCUUAAGAGUGAGAUGGAAGGAGAAUUGGAGCCAGACGGUGAGUAUUGGGAGAAAUAUGGGGAUGUAUCAGAUCGUGAAUUUGGAGUAUACGAUAUGGAAAAGGCCCGCAAAGAGUUCAUCAAGACUGAAAUGUGUCAAGCCAAGUUUGAGGAGUUCCUUGAGGAGCACAAGAAGAUGAAGAUCAAGGAGGGCGAUGCUUCCUGGGCUAGUGUUAUUUCUCCUUUUGCAGUGUGA